AAGAUAUCUUUCCCCUUACGACGUCCUGUGCUCGAAUCCAGCGCUUGAAUUUCCCUCCUAUACAGAAGCUGUUGAUUCUUCCUUGGGCAGCAAAUCCAAGAACAAAAAACCAAACAGCCAUGGCUUCGACCGAAGAUGCCCUCGAAACUUACACUCACCUCCCACUCCAGAUCGACCCCCAGACGAAACAAAUCUCCGUCCUUUCCACCGACCAGACACUCCAGGACGCCGUGGCGCAAGUCAACGGUCUACAUGCGGCGAUGAAGGCCCUCGAGACCCCCAACAACGUCCCCCCUCCUCCUGUCCCCGUCCAUCCCAAAAGGUCCGCCAACAUCACCAAACUGCGAGACACCGCCGCACAGUCUUCCCGAAAGGGGAACCACGAGGACGCGAUCCGACUUUUGGGCAUCGCCAUCGACAUGGCCGCCGCCCGGCCCGGCUGGGAGGCCAUGGGCCUGGCGAGGGAAGAGUUGGCCUUGAUGUAUCUGUCUCGGGCCGCGGCGAAUGCGGGCAUACAAAAAUUCCCCGAGGGCCUCAAGGACGCCGAAUGCAGCCUCGAAUGCAAGAGGGGGCCCAGCCAAGGUCCCAACGGUGAAAGGUUGGCCGGCAACCCCAAGGCCUACAUCGUGGGUGGAAGGUGUCUGAUGGAGAUGGGACGGUGGAGUGACGCGGUCGAGUGGCUCGAGCGAGGCAUCGAGGUCGAAGGCGGAGACGGAGAGGACGGAAGGGAACUCACACGCCAACUGGCAGACGCAAAGAGUCACAUCCCAAAGAAAGAUUGAAAGCUCUUUGCUUUCAAUGUUGCAACAACAGCAGCAGCAGCAGCGUGUGGGCUCUUGUCGACAAACACCCGAGUCAUCAAAUCGAACAAUUGCACCCGCACCCCGGUCAGCCUGACUAUCCUUGUUGUAACAGUCCAUCCCUCCUGUCAGACGUAGUGCCGGGCUUCCCAAACACAUAAGCCUGGGUAUGCAGCACGUCCAUCUCGAUGGCUACCUCGGCACCAAAAUGUCUCUCAAGCACAACACUCAGCCUCCCCUGAGAUCCACAAGACAGGCGAUACUGGACUGGCUACUGGCUGCCAUGUCUAGGCUUUUGAUGUCUCUACGCACUCCUGAGCAUCUCCUCUCCUUGAGAACACCAGCCGUUCUCGACGAAUCCUCGCCGAAUCCAGGUCAAGAUCCAGAGUCGGCAGAAAAUUGAAUUGAACUCUCGGGACAACUAUCGGGAUCUUCAGGUAGUGAGGGAUGACCAUGGUCAAAAGAGCUCUGAGGGCGGGGCGUACCAAAGGCAGCAUCGGGGUGUGAUUUGUAUACUUCCCUCCGUAAUGGAUCUCCCAAAUCCAAAAGAGUUUCAGCUGGUUCAAGAGAAUCAUUCCGGAUGUAAAACCUCUCUUUUCAGCUCGGGGGUACGCCUGUCUGUGCGAUCCAGCAGCGUCUGGAGCCUUUUUUUGCUACGACUUGUCUCGACGAGUAAAAAGCUCAAUCUAUUCCAAGGUCAAUGCUCCACAGGGACACAUGUCUCUCAGUUGGCCCAUUAACUCGGGGGUUCAUAUAAAUCUAUGUUUGCCGGGGAGUAACAAUUGCUACUUGAUUUGGCCUAGAUAUAAUCAUAGAGGUCUGAGACAGACGGCAACAUCACGGUACACCUCGAAAGGUACAGACGGUCCCUAAUAGAGUACAUCAUUCAGCCUGAUUUACACCUAGUUCCCUU